GAUGCAAAACCUUCCUCCAUGUACGUAGCCAAAUGUGCAGGGGGUUGAGCUCCUUCCUAAAUGUUCAAGGAAGAGAUAAGGAAGCAAUGUGGCUCUGGACUGUGUUUUCCUUAAAUGACAGUCUUUUUUUGCCUUCUUGCUUCCUGGGAGGACAAGACAAUUCAACUGACUGACUGCCUAGGAUGGGGGAAGAGAACAGCUAUAACCAGACAUUGAUGGGACCCUAUGGAAUGGAUCGGACAGCGCAUUGCAUUGAUUUCUAUGACUGUGCAAAUGGGCUGGGUAUUAAGGUCAUUGGUGGUGUCAGGGAGUUGACAAGAGAAGAAUAUGGCGUUUAUGUAAAGAGGAUCCUACCAGGGGGCGUGGCUUAUGCUGACGGACGUUUGCAGCCAGGAGACCAGAUCUUGGAGGUCAAUGGAGAUUCCCUGAUUGGAGUCACAAGUGAGAGAGCUGUGGAUAUUCUCCGGACAGCCUCCGCCACCAGCCACAUGCGCCUUCUCAUAGCUCGAGACGACGAUGCCAGGAGAGAGUUUUCUGAGCUGCUGGAAAAGUUUGGAUCUCAUAGCAACACAGAAUCGGCACGGAGUUCUCCUGUUCAUUAUGGUGGGAGUAGAUAUUUGGAAAGUACAUCCUCGGGUUCUUCAUCACGUUCCCAGAGUCCUCUGCUGCUGAGCCCUGCAAAUUCCCAUGGCCCGCUCAUUGGAAACUCGGCACAUUCCCCGCACACAAGCUCACACUGCUCCCUUGAGCCAGCGAUUCAGUGCAUCUCCAUAGCAAAGUCCUCUGGGUUGGGGUUGACGAUCAGUGGCGGAUCUAACAGGCCUGAGGGGCCCAUGAUUUACGUUCACGAGCUGAUGCCGGAAGGGGACUGUUACAGAGAUGGGCGGCUUCGGCCCGGUGAUCAGCUAAUUGCCAUCAAUAAAGACUCGUUGGUGGGCUGCACCUAUGAAGAGGCCAGAAAAGUACUUGCAAAAACCAAAUUCAGACAUGAGGGAAACACAGAAGUGGCCUUUAUUCCCGGAAGGGGACGGUUACAUCCGGGACUGUCGGCUCAUAACAGCAUCCAGUCGCCACCUCCUAAGGCCAUGGGCAAUGGUCUGAGCUCUUGCCGGUUGAAAGUCCACGUGAGGUCGCCUGAGACCAGACAAGAAAAUCUCUUUCCUGUGCCUUCUCCAUCACCGGACAUUUGCCCCCCAGAACUCACGAUAUCUGCGCCCGUGUCACCUUCUAAUCAGAGAGCGGCGCCGGGCAGCAAACCGAAAGUAGCCCUGGAUCCCCAUAUUCGACUCAAGGAUGGGAAAUUCGAACUGGUGCUGCAAUAUCUGGGUCUGGAUGUGACGGAGGAGAAGAAGAGGCAGUUACGGCAGAGUCUGACCACAGAUUCGCAGGGAACAGUGGCCUAUGGAGAUUUUCUUCAAGCACUCAGGGAUCUGCUGCAAGAUGAGCUGGAGGAGGCUGGCCUUGAGGCCAGUUCUGUGCUCUUCACUCAACACGAAGUGGCCAGUUUAUUGGAUACGUCUGCUUUUCACUCUCUGACUUUGGACUCUGUCGGCUGUACUGACGGCGAGGAACUAGAACAGCUCCAGCUGGAAAUGACAGAUCUGCGGCAGGAAGUCCGAAGGCUGAAGUCUCUUCUGACAGAGGUGGAAAGCAGCAAGAAGUCAAUGGAAGAUGAACUUCAGAGACUGAACCAGAAGGCGCUGGAUUUCUUGUCUGAGAACCGCACCCUGCAUAGCAAGCUGCAGGUGGCUGAGGUGGUGCAGCAGCAAGCCCACAGCGCAGAGCAGGACUACGAGGAAGUGAUCCACCUGCUAGAGGCAGAAAUCACCGAGCUGAAAACUCAGCUGCUAGGGAAGAAAACAAAGCAUGUCUGCGAAGCAGAGGGAGACAUUCUGGAGCUGAAAAGACGGCUCUCCCUGGCAGAGGGCCAGUUGCGGAAAUCCGAAGUCACGCGGAAGCGCUUGGAAAUCUGCAACAGGAAGCUGCUCCUGUUUGUGCAGAAUGUGCACAAGGUCCUGAGCAUAUCCGGCCAGUUACCAGAUGAGAUGAGAGUCAACAGCCAAGCAGAGGAGGAUAAAGCAGAAGCCGUCUCAGAUGCAUCUCUUCCAUCUCCAGACCUCAUGGACCUGUUGAUAUCAGAAGCUAAAGAGCUGUUGGAACCCAUGCUCGCUCACACCACAAAAGAUGCAUUACCACACAACCAGGACGAGUGCCUGACUGCAGAGAGGAGCCUAAACCACGAGGACCAUUUUCACCCGAAAACCACAUGGCCCCCUCCUCCAAGCCCUAGCAAGAGCGAUGAGCCACAGCCACCGAGACCAAGCAAGGAACCGCCUGAGAAGCCUACAUAAAUCUGAGAUGCACUCGUUUGCAUAACCAUGUAUAUUCGUAACACAGAUCAUCUGCUGGGAGACAGACAGAAGGCAGGAUGGAUGGUUCAUUUUCCAGGCUGAACAGAAGAUCUGUGAGUUUUGAGACACUUGAUUCUUCUGACUAGCCACCUAGGACUCCAGCAGCAAACCCACCCAUAUGGCUACCUCUGAAUUACUAUACCAGGUGGUUCUCUUGAUUCUGCAGCUUUAUAGACAACAGGAAAGGCAUCGCUGAGAGGUUGUGGACCUCAUAAGACAGGCAGCCUUUAGCGCUGGUGUUCUAUACAGUAAAAGGAGCAAGGACUAACCCGUGACGGACACAUCCUGAAAGGGAUUUCUUUUGGGAUUUCAUAUGGGAAAAACCAAAGUAAACUUAGUGGACUGUAGUGAAACCAACAUACUCUGUAGUGUCUUUAGCUGCCUUGGGAUACAGAUCAUGUGUUUUUGUAAAGCUUAUCCCAGCUGCAAUGCUUGAAGUGAAAAGAAGAAACCCGGAGGUAGCCGACAGUUGUCGAUAACGUGGUGCCCAUGAGCUGUACUGAGCACAGAAACGACACUGUGGAACAGGCAUCAGUAAGACGGCAAAUGUAACGCUUGGAAACUAGGCCUGCGGGACUCAAGCAGUGAACAUGGUAGAGAUUUGAUGUGAAAACAGUCUGGAGAAUAAAAUGCAAACACUGCUUAGAGGGCGGUUUGAUUUCUGAGCCAGUGAAGUGUGGAGAUGGGUGGUUUGAUGCUCUGGGAUGAGUUUAACCUGCUUGGGCCAGCUGCUUCUUCGUCCUUCCCUUAUAUAGCACAGAGGUUGGCAGCUAAUAGCAAGUUGUACUGAGACAUCACAUUAUAAAGGGGCAUGUUGUAGCUUUUACUCAGGAACUUCUCAGCACAGCUUCAAGUUUCCUUUUUAGGACUUAAAACUGCACUGGUUCCACAUAAAAGGAAGGCCUGUGCAAAAUACACUUAUUUUUAUGUGACUUUUUGUCCAAAAAAAUCCCAAAGCACUUUACAAACAAUAUACAUGCAGAAAUCACAUCACCAAUAAAAUGCAGCCAGCUCUGGGGUGGAGGAGAGUAGACAAGUAAACAGCAAGCCAGCCUGCUAUAAGAGAUAGGGGCCUUUCAGCAAAAUGACUACUCAGUCCUUUCAGUUUCUAAUACCUGGGAUGCUCUCCUUAUGGUAAGGUGACUUCUGUUUUAAUGAAAAUGAAAGAGGGUAAGAAUCACACAAAAAUAUCACAGUGCAUGCUGGCCAGGGCAAAGAAAACACGUCAAAGUCCAUGUUGCAUGGACAGCACAGUAUGGCCUAACCAAAUAAAUGAAGAGGGAAGGAAAUAGACGCUAACCUUGUACAAUUAAUUUCCUCCAUCCAAUACUCAUAAAAAUGUAAGACUAUAAUUGCUGCCCUCUGCCCCCCAACUUUCUCCAAGGAGAAGUGCCUUUCUGAUUUUAGCUUCUGAAGAUUCUAAAGGAUUCUGUACCCUCAGCAUGUCAGCAGUCCAUUCGGGAAAAGAAAUUCUCCAGGUUCCUGUACCCAGUUGGGACCCUUUCGGGAAGACUUACAUGCUUUUCAAAAGGGUCCGUGUUUUAGCUUGACACCAUUCAUAGCAUAAGUCAUGCCCAUUUUAAGAUUGCUUCCCGCAUGGCCUCCUGUUAAUAGGCUGGUUAGUAGCCAUUACCCUCUCGGAGAAACAUUGAAAGCUAAGAUCUGAGGAGGUCAACGCUGCCAGAAUUGAUGUCAAUUUUUGCUAGGAUAACAAAAUAGGGGUUGUGCCUUACUCCGAGGCAUGUGGUCUUAGCUGGGAGGCAGAAAGCAGAGCAGACACACUGACAUCUUUCCACAGCAACCAGGAAACAAAAUGGGGAAGGCAAGAAAGAAAGAAAGAAAGAAAGAAAAAGAAACGGCAUGUGCACAGAAGCCAGUUGAAAAGGCAUCUAACUCAAAUGCAUCUUACUUCCACAGGGCCUGGUCUAGUGCUCCCAUAUAGCAUCUAAUUCUGCUUUCAGUUGUAAUCGGCAUGACAGUUGUAGGUUUCUCUGUAAAAUGUAUCAGUGUAGUAGCUAAACGAUCUACUUGGUGUCAGUGGCUGUUAUGCCCAUGUAACUGGGACCCCAAAAUGUUCUAAUGGGCAAGAGGGGGGAACAUUAAUAAUAAAGAUACCAGGAAGUCCUACAAUGCAUUAGACUGCCACCCGUAGUCAAAAGUAGUAAAAAAAAGAACCAGGGUUAGAUCCUCCACUCGAGGGGAGACUAUACUGUCCCAUUAAAGUAAUGAAAACAUAAUCCGAGAUUGCAUUCAGUGCAUUGCAGCCACGUAAACUUGCAAUCAUACAGUCACACAAAAUAAAAAUGGCUGGCGUUUGCCCUGGAAGGCUGUGGUUUGAAUCGCACCGGUUUGGUAUUUUUUUCUCACUAUCUUUGUGCAUUUUUCUGUAACCAUCCCAGAAGACGCAGUUCUUACCGUAUUUUCCGGCGUAUAAGGCGACUGGGCGUAUAAGACGACCCCCUAAUUUUCUAGUUAAAACAUAGGUUUUCAUCUUAUACUCGCCGUUUAAGACUACCCCCACUUAAGAGGCCAACCGGCAGUGCCCCAGCGCCCCUCCG